AUGGGCGAAAUCACUCUGGAUGGGGCCAUUGCGCUUUUGGCUUCAGAGAAGCUAAGAGAGCGUUCAGAUGGGCUUGCUGACCUAAAGCAUAUACUCCAGAAGAAUAGAAGAAAUUCAAAACUAAACUCGCAGAAUGACAAAGCUUGCCACAAGAUCUUUGAGUCUCUGUUUCGGUUUGUAUCAGUCGAGAAAUCUCUAUACAGUCGAUCGAACUCCAAGAGAGCCUCGGCUGCUCGUUUGUCUACAUGUGCAUCUGUCCUUCGAACAGCUGUUGAUGUUUUCUUGCGCAACCUGCGCACAAGAUCAGUUCGUGCACUAGUCGAUCACAUCACCGAUACCCUUCUAGCCCCCGGAAGUGAAACUCUUUUUGGGCUUCUGGGUGUGGACUAUGCAAAAUGUUUGGUCGCCCUCCUGCGUUAUCCUCCUCAUCUCGAACAUCUCGCAUCGGGCGAAUGGGAGAAAGUAAUGGUUUUCUGCCUGAAGUGCAUCAAUGUCCAGAAUGAUGAAAUUAGUCCAACGAGUUCUCGGAAUGGACAUGCGUCCUUUUUGGACGAGUAUCUUUCUACUGGAGGCCGGAGCUCAACACCUCUCAGAAUAACACCGAUUCCUACUUCCAGUGAAAAGUCUAAAGGUGACGCUACUGCUGCCACAGAAGCUGCUGUAUGUAUCCAGUUGCUGACCGGAAGCCCGAAUGCUCCUAUUCAGGAAGCUGCUGAGCGUGUACUUGUUGGAUUGGCUAAGUUCGUGGGCUCAUCAACUAUCGCUGGGAGUGGACACCAAGCUGCGUUUGCUAGCGUAAACACAGUUAUCAUGAAAGUUCUAUUUGACCAGUCUGAACUUGCGAGAACGUCGCUGCUAGAUUUAAUACCAGUAAUUCGACGUUUGUGGACCACCAAACUCAUGGGGCUGAAGGAUGAAAUACUCGUCACUGCCAUGCUUUGUGUGGUUGUCUUAACUGAUGCGGCUCGAAGAGAGCCGUCAGAGUUGAUUGCACGUCUGAUUGAAGACCUUCUGGACACACUGCACACUGAGUAUCUCAAACGACCCGAGAAGGAGAUCUUACAGUUGGAUGAAUUGACUUUUAACAGCGGCGAUUCAGAACAGCAGCAGGAAUACUCAGCAUGGCCUCGCUUUGAGAGUGCUAGAUCUGAGCACAAUUGGACUACGUUGUGGCUCAUAGCAAGGUUAUUCGAGUUGUCAGACUAUAUAUGCGGGAAAUUAUCACCGCAUCCUGCGUCUGGAGAGACGGCGAAUAAGAGGCAGCGCCUUGCUUCUCAAAUAGACGACAUAUUUCGUGAUUCAGCGACAUCCUCUGGACCACGCAGGGUUUGCGCUUUGCAGCUGAUACCGUUCCUUCCCAAAAGUUAUGCAAAUGUUGAGUCGAAGCUCUCCCUGCUUGAGAGGCUGCUUCCGAAUGUACUGGAUGAUAAUAGCACGGUUUCUUGUUGGACAAUGGUUGCGAUUGCAAGCAUCGCUAGUAGUCCCAAUGCAGACUCACAUUCUCUGAAAGAUUGCUGGCAGCGCGCUUGGGAGUUGGCUUCCCGGACCUCUACUUCUCAAACGACGGCCAGAGCUGCUUGCAAUUUGUUGAAUCAUAUACUCCAGCGUGAUCUCUUAGACUAUCCAGUAGUUGCGCAAGCAACAAGUUCCAUGCUGGCAUCCGUCAAUAUGAACGGCCCCUCUGUUAUCUCGGAUUCGUGCUUGGCUUUUUGGGCUACAAUCCUACGCAUGACGGCGCAAAUAAACCCGGGCUUAGUACCGGAUGCCUCUCAAAAGAUUUGUUCCUGGCUGAGGGAAAUUUGGAGUAUCGGAUCGGUGACCGAUCGAUUACAGAUAGCACAAGUUGCUAUGUUCGCUCGUCCUUUGGACCUUCUGAACAUGUUGUUAGCUUGCACCAACAGACGCUUUGUAUUGCCCAAACUUCGUUUCAUAGGACCUACAGGUCUCAUAGCGAGAGGAUGGCACUUUUAUCAUAAGAACCAACGGCUCCUCAACUAUCUCUUUGACCUCCAGGACAUGUUAAAUCCGAGCAAAUAUUGGGACCCUGAAGGGCUUUUGUGUUUAGAAGAGUUUGGCCGACUUGACUCCAACGACCAUGUUGUGCUCGAUCUGUUGCAACUCAAAGUUGAGGGUUUUCUGCAGGCCUGGGAUGCAUUGUCUGAAGACAAAUCACACCAUAUAACUGUGGACAUGGUGCAAAUAGUCGCAUGCUCCUGUGUCACUAUUGCAUUGUACACGGCAUGCCUACCACAGCAAGCUACAAACCGUGUGUCUAGUAUACAGGAGAGCAACCAACGUCUCUGGAAACGGCUGUGCUCCUUCCUAGCUUCCCAGGAACCCGUCUUUACUCACGCAUGCUUGACGAUUCUAACUCCUCUUCUUGCCCCGGAACCAUUCUUUUCCCACUCUAAUACAGCUGUCAUUGUUGCUGUGUCUAGCCUAGUUCUUCCCCUUGCCAAUAUCCUGGAGGGUCAUCGAGAAAGGCAGAAACAGAUGUUAUGCUCUGACUGCGAAGAAGAUAUGGAUUUGGAUGAUCCAUUGCUCACAUCCCAUAAUCAAUCGGCAGAGCUCAAUUCCAUCUUCGGCAACAAUCGAGAUGCGUCACCGGUGCUUCAUGACUCUGCAACAUUACAGCGUUGUAUCACUAUCCAACUAUCAAUCUUCCAGAGGAUACAUGUUUCCGUCACUUCACAGCAUUCGGCCGAUGACGAUCUGCUCGAAUAUCUGACUGACUUCGAUGAAAUGGAUAUUCUAUCAGCGAGGGAAUUCUUACCGCAUGUGUAUCGUGCAUGUGCUGGAAUGCAACGUCAUUCCCUGCUAAGAAUACUCGAAGACCUUGGUGAGAAAUGUUUGCAGACAUAUGAAGUAGAACGCUGUGAAAACUCGCACAUUCUUUGUCUUCGUAUGAUGGGCAGUUUUAUUGGAUUGUGGACCGGUCCAGAAAACGAUCAUCUCCAUGAUUCAGCUACCGACAUCUAUGCAUGGUUUACUGAAGUGUUGUUGGCAAAGAAAAUGGCAUCCACCCCAGUCCUCAUUGAGUUCACCCAGCUCCUAGGUGAUUUACUCAUACACAAUAUCGCCUAUUCAAGCAGCCAAUCCAGUCCGUCGCCUAGAACGAGUUUGUUCACCAUUCUCCGAGAAGGAGAUGCCUUGGUGAAGUUCAGUGCUGGGGAAUUGAUACCUCAGCUAUUUGGCCAGUACUCUCUCACAGAGCAUGAUGCUAUCUUUGACGAUGUGCUGGAUAGCCUUCCCCGAGAUUCUGACUGGGAUGAAGGGAUCGCUCUGCGCCUGAUUGUAUUAGCUCGUCUUGCCUCCAGAUGGCAUACAUUGCUCCGGAGAAGUAUUUACCAUAUGUUUGAAACUCCUGCCAAGGUCCCAAACUCCCUUCGGUACGCUGAAAAAUGUCUACGUGACGUUGCGAAAACACUCGGACUUGUAGACGCAAGACAGCUGUUUCGGCUCUUUUCGUCCCAGAUUAUCUACACUUGGACUGAGGAACAAACAGUCAAAUCCAUGCCUUUUAGUGUCUUCGGCUACGGAACACUGAAGGAGAUGCUGACGGAUGUUCAGGACGAGAUAAUUGGACAGGUGAUGAUGCGUGGGAUUGAGACCGAAGGAGCUGAGUUUUCAGCCUGUACUGGUGUUCCAUUUGAUCACCUUGUAGUGCAGUCCUUCUGCAAGGCGGAGGCAUACAGCAUAGCACGAGAUAUCAGCACUCCUGGAAAGGGAAGUCAGACCAAAGGAGUGGAAAACAAAGUGAAGCUGAUGCUAGGGACUGACAAAUUUGUGUCCUUGAUUGAAGCUCAAUUCCCGCAAAUGAUAGCGACCUUCUUUGGGACCUUGGACCAAUACGAACAGAUCGAGAGGGCGAUUCUAAAGCGCGAGAACUUCCACGAGGCUCUCAAUGUUCUAAGACGUAUAGUGCAAAAGAGUUCCUCCGAUAUUCUGUUGCCUGCAAACCAACAACCAUCAUUCCGGGCGCGCUACCUCCUUGAUGAACUUGAAUUUCUCUGCAAGCGGAGUGGAUACGAUCUCGAGACUAUAUGGACACCCACCUUGGCAACAUAUGUCUGCCGAACACUCUUGGAAUCGAUUCACCCUGCCCUCGGCUCUUUACAUACAUGCUCCGUUAUUCGAAAGAUUCGGAUACUUGUGAGCAUUGCCGGGCCCGUCAUGUUGAGCGACUACCCGUUAGAAAUGGUGUUACACGCCCUUCGACCGUAUCUGGCUGACAUAUUUUGCGCGGAAGACACCUUGGGUAUCUUCUGGUACCUCUUGGAAGAAGGAAAGGUCUACCUAUCUGAACACCCCGGUCUCAUGGCUGGGGUUGCGGUCACUACACUGCUGUCCUUGAGAAAGUUUCUGGCUUCUCCUCCCCCGGAAAUAGCCCAGGAAAGUCUAGUGGAAACAGUAAUGGCGAAGACAACCCGGUUUCUCGAAUGGUUCGAAGAUUAUCUGGAUUCCUACGAGUCUUCUGCGCUGAAACCUGAGAAGCAUGAGCUCUUCCGACGCCUGGUCGGCUCUUCCCAGCGCGUCCCCAUUGCAGAAGAAGGCUCAAGAGGCAGUAGAGAGGAGUAUGAAUUGCUUCUACAAGUCCUCGGUGACCAAAGCUCUAGGAAGAGCCUCUUAAGCAAACCGAUCGCCGACCACGUUAUAUCGUUGCUAUGCACUGAGAGCAAACUUUCCCCUGAAUCUUACCACCAUGGUUUCGAAGAUUAUGAGAACGUCAUGUCCAGCGCCGUUGCUAUCUGCCAAACUCUGCAGAGAUUUGACUCAGGAACUGAAUACAAACUAUGGGCAGCUAGAGUUAUCGGCAGAGCAUUUUCAGCUACUGGCAAGAUUGGCGACGUCCUCUUAAGGGAACAGGAUCCGAAACUGUUUGCAGUCCCGUCGCAUCCGUCAGAUCUGAGUUCAUUUCACCGUUCCAAGGCUAGCAUUCUUAUGAUGCUUUGCAAUAUGCUACAGAAUAGCAAUCACCUGGAAGUCGGACUGGUUGAACGUACCAUGCAACUCAUUAUCAGCAACCUUGCCAGUUAUCCCGAACUCGAACCCUGUGGAGAAACUGUACCCCCUUCCCUUUUGAAGGCCUUUACGUGGAGCCCUUAUCAGUGUCCCGCUAUGCCCAUGCCAGCUUCAACGACUGAAGCCGGGGUCACGAUAAUCUGGGACUCCAGUGUUCCAGCCGGACAUUUUGCUCGAAAUGUCGGGCUGUUCCUAUCAAGCGCAGCUCCUAAAGACCCGGUAAUUGGUCCACUACGCAACAUCCUCAACGUGAUCCCUGACCUAGCAGUCCAAAUACUGCCAUACAUCCUUCAUGAUGUCUUGCUGGCGGAAUUCGAAGAGGAUGUGGAUGUUCGUCAGACGGUUUCGGAGGCCUUUGGGCAAGUGCUACGAGAAGUCGAUGACCGUACCAUUCCUCAUGCACGGCUCGUCAUUAACUGCCUCCUCUAUCUAAGGAAUCAGCCCAGACCAGAUGAAUCAACAAUUGUGGAAAGAGAUGAGUGGCUCGAUGUUGACUUUGCCGAAGCAUCUUCAGCUGCCAAUAAGUGCCGCUUGCCGAAGACAGGGCUUCUUUUCCUCGAGAUUUCUGCAUCGCGGGCGGUCUCUACCUCACGUCGCUCAUCCCUUGUUAGAUACGAAGUGGCGCCGGAGAUACUGCAUGGCAUAUUCCGAAACAUAGAUGAUCCGGAUUUCUUCUAUGGCAUCCAACAAGAUUCGUCAUUGGAGGCUGUCAUGGACAGGCUUGAACACGAGAGCUCAGGGUUCAAGAAUCUUUUGUUUCAAAGCGCUCGGUAUGAUAGUGAGAUACAGAUGGGGGGAGAUACCAAUGUCCACGGCGUCCUUAAUGCCCUCAACUCGACCAAUCUUCAAGGCAUCGCCAAUUCAAUCUUCGCGAUCUCUGGCAACUCUAAAGAUACCUCGGGAUCAUUUGAUAGUAUGUUGCAAACCGCAAGAAGUUUGCGACAAUGGGAUAUUCCUGUCUCCCCACUGAGCCCUUCGCCAUCUGCGACCGUCUUUCGGGCUUUCCAAAGCCUCAACAUAUCCGGAACACUGACAGACGUCUACGCGUCUAUCGAUGAGUGCCUUCUAUCUAGCCUGGACCUACUGACUAGUACGAGCCGCUCAGCACUGUCUUUACGCAAUGCCAUGCGGACUUUGGGGGUCAUGACUGAGGUUUGCGAUGUCUUGGGCUCUAAAUCAACGGAGGACCUCAAUAAUGAGUGGCAAAGGAUGGCGGGCAGAGACAGUUGGCUCAAGACCACAAGUGCAACUGACCUUGGAGAGAUAUUGACUUGCCAUGAGGCCUUGUUCUCAUCAAUCAAGAGUAAAGACUUCCUAAAGACUGCCAUCAACUUGAGUGAUCGUGACGCGCAAUUGCUGGAAGUGAAAGUUAUCCGGCAAUCCCUUGAGAUCGCGCGUAGUCAUGGCAUCUCGCAAGCCUCGUUGAAGUCGGCUGUUUGUCUCUCAAAGCUCGCGCAGAACUGCAAUUCCCUAGGCAUAAAUAUUGAAGGUGCGGCCAAGUUCGAUCUGGCCAAUGUUCUAUGGGACCAAGGAGAGAUGACAGCAUCGAUCCAAAUGCUACAGCAGCUCAGGGACCGCAAUGACUUGCAUAAGCAGGCUAUCCCGAUAAGCCGUGCGGAACUUCUUGUGACUCUGGGCCAUCACAUCGCGGAAGCGCGUUUGGAAAAGCCUGAUACGAUUAUCCAGGAGUAUUUGUCCGCGGCCGUCAAAGAGCUCAGAAGCCGCUCGCGAGGGGAAGAUGUUGGCCGGGUCUACCAUGGGUUUGCCAUGUUCUGUGACAGGCAGCUGCAGAAUCCAGACGGGCUGGAAGACUUUCGGCGGAUUGAACAACUUCGUGACCGCAAGGAAAAGGAAGUACGUGCACUGGAUGACAUGAUGAAAACAGCCCAAGGCAAGGAAAAGGAGGCUCUCAAGUACCAUCGAGCAAAAACCAAACAGUGGUUCGAUCUUGACGAUCGUGAAUACCAGCGCCUGCGACGCAGCCGUGAAGCCUUCCUUCAACAAUGCUUGGAAAACUACCUCAUGUGCUUGAAAGAGAGCGAAAGCCAUAACAACGAUGCCCUACGUUUUUGCGCGUUAUGGCUUGACAAAUCCGACAGUGUCAUCGCGAACAUGGCGGUCUCCAAAUAUCUCCACGAAGUGCCAAGUCGCAAGUUCGCACCCUUGAUGAACCAACUAACCUCUCGCUUGUUAGAUGUUUCUGAUGAGUUCCAGAAGAUGCUCUUCGCGUUGAUCUUUCGUAUAUGUGUGGAGCAUCCGUUCCAUGGCAUGUACCAAAUCUUUGCGAGCAGCAAAUACAAGGGAAGUAGAGACCAGCCCGCCCUGUCUCGGAACCGAGCAGCUGGAAAUUUGGUGGAGGGGUUGAGGAAUGACAAACGCAUGGGCCCAACUUGGAUCGCUGUUCACAAUACCAACAUCAACUACGUGCGGUUCGCUAUCGAAAAGCCGGACGAAAAGUAUAAGAGUGGCGCGAAAGUUCCUUUGAAAAAGCUAUCAACCGGGGAACGACUUGAACAAGACGCUGUCACCCAGCGGCUCCCGCCGCCUACCAUGAAGAUCGAUAUUCGCGUUGACUGUGACUACAGCGAUGUCCCCAAACUUGUCAAGUAUAAUCCUGAGUUCACCAUCGCGUCUGGGGUCAGCGCGCCGAAGAUCGUGACGGCCGUUGCCAGCAACGGAGCACGCUACAAGCAGUUGUUCAAAGGAGGAAACGAUGAUUUGCGGCAGGACGCCAUCAUGGAACAAGUCUUCGAGCAAGUCAGCAGCCUCCUCAAAGAUCAUCAGGUCACCCGUCAACGGGAUUUGGGCAUUCGUACCUACAAAGUGCUGCCCCUCACAUCGAAUGCAGGCAUCAUCGAGUUUGUGCCUCAUACGAUCCCCUUGCACGAUUUCUUGCUGCCGGCACAUCAAAGAUACUUUCCAAAGGACAUGAAACCGAACGCGUGCCGGAAGCAUAUUGCGGAUGUUCAAACACGGUCAUUUGAGCAGAGAGUCCGAACCUACCGGCAGGUGACCGAGCACUUCCAUCCGGUUAUGAGGUUCUUCUUCAUGGAGAAAUUCAACAACCCCGAUGACUGGUUCAGCAAGAGGCUGGCAUACACGCGAAGCACCGCCGCGAUCUCGAUCCUGGGCCAUGUUCUCGGACUCGGAGAUCGGCACGGCCACAAUAUCCUGUUGGACGAACGCACCGGUGAAGUGGUCCACAUUGAUCUGGGGGUGGCAUUUGAACAAGGGCGAGUGCUGCCCGUGCCGGAGGUCGUUCCUUUCCGGUUAACCCGCGAUUUGGUGGAUGGCAUGGGGAUCAGCAAGACCGAAGGGGUUUUCCGACGUUGCUGCGAGUUUACGCUGGAGGCCAUGCGCGAGGAGUCCUAUAGCAUCAUGACCAUUCUCGAUGUGCUACGGUAUGAUCCGCUGUAUAGCUGGACGCUUUCGCCUCUCCGGAUGAAGCGAAUGCAGGAUGCGCAAGAGGCCGACGGGGGUCCCCCAGUGAUCCCUGGGACCACAGACCAGCGGUCGGCCAGCGAGCCUAGUGAGGCUGAUCGCGCACUGACGGUGGUGGCGAAGAAGUUGAGCAAGACGUUGAGUGUAACGGCGACUGUCAACGAAUUGAUCCAACAGGCCACCGAUGAGAAGAAUUUGGCGGUGCUGUAUUGCGGUAAGUCUGCCCAGGCAAUGGUCUCCAACUGGAGGAUGAGGCUGACACGUUUUCUUACAGGCUGGGCUGCAUAUGCAUGA